GAUUACGUAAUGCCGCGGUGGCUGAGGCGGUUCCGCUGGCUGCUGUGUGCGCGGCGAGCGAGUCCUGGUGCGGCCGGCUCGGCUCCUACAGCGCCCGAGACCCCGGUCCCGACCCCAGCCGCGGCCCGGCCGCCGCCUGAACAUGGACUCCGCAGGCCAAGAUAUCAACCUGAAUUCUCCUAACAAAGGUCUGCUGUCCGACUCCAUGACAGAUGUCCCUGUCGACACCACGGUGGCCGCCCAGACUCCUGCUGUUGAGGGUCUGACGGAGGCUGAGGAGGAGGAGCUUAGGGCUGAGCUCGCAAAGGUGGAAGAGGAAAUUGUCACUCUGCGCCAGGUCCUGGCAGCCAAGGAGAGGCACUGUGGAGAGCUGAAAAGGAAGCUGGGCCUCUCCGCCUUGGAGGGCCUGAAACAGAACCUAUCCAGGAGCUGGCGUGAUGUGCAGGUCUCUACCGCCUAUAUGAAAACCUCUGAGAAACUUGGCGAGUGGAAUGAGAAAGUGACCCAGUCAGACCUCUACAAGAAGACUCAGGAAACUUUCUCUCAGGCCGGACAGAAGACGUCCGCUGCCCUGUCCACUGUGGGCUCUGCCAUCAGCAGAAAGCUCGGAGAUAUGAGGGCCCGUCCGUUCUCCCACUCGUUUAGCAGCAACUCUUCAAUCCGCCACUCGAUAAGUAUGCCAGCCAUGAGGAAUUCUGCGACCUUUAAGUCCUUUGAAGACCGAGUUGGGACCAUAAAGUCUAAGGUUGUAGGUGGCAGAGAGAAUGGCAGUGACCACCUUCCCUCCCCGACGGGGAGUGAUGACAAGCCCCUGCCCGACCACACGCCCUUCUAAGCCCGUCGCAGCUUUGCCCAGCCUCGGAGCACGUGCAGGCCCACCCG